AUGAGGCGCAAAGCGACCAGCGAGCAAGCUGAUGCGCUGCCGACAGAAUCGGCGCCCCCAGGGCGCAUCAAGUUCGGCCGUAACAAGCCCGCCAAAUCCUCCGCGCUGCGUAAGAGCAUCCACAUCAACGAUGGCGAGAGCCAAGGAGGGUCAGCGUCCACGACAGGCGGCGACAACGAUGACGAGGAUGGGUCCAGUGCGCCAGUCGUUAUUCGCCCUGCACUCGGCCGAUCGAGCUCGACAAAAGUGAAACGGCGCCCGGCGUCAUCCCGCCUCUCGUUCGGCCCCGGCGAGGGUGCAGCAGACAAAGCCGACGAUGAUACCGGGGGGGCGGUCGUAAAGCCGUUUACAUCGAAGAAGCCUCUUGGACAGCGGUUACUCGAAAACAACACGCUUCGCAAAUCGGCAUCCCUCCAAAACUUGGCGGGCAGCCUCCCCAUGCGCUUCGGCGCCCAGGAAGAGGGCCCGAAAUACAGCAAGGAAUACCUGGAAGAAUUGCAGAGUUCCACCCCGAAUACACCACAAAACCUGGCAUCUUUACAAAUCCAUGACGAGGAUGAGAUGGAGCUGGACCAGUCCGAGCUGGAGGGCGCGUUGGUCGUAAGGAAGCAGAUCUUCAUCUCGUCUGACGAUGACGGGUCCGACAACGAGGAGCCCCAGAGCGGGCGGGUGACAAUAGACUUCCCCAAGAAAAAGAAGGAUUCCCGGUUGAUAGCCGACGACGAAGACCUGGGCGAAGGGUAUGACGAGUUUGUCUCUGAUGGGGGAUUGGCGCUCGGCAAGAAGGCCGAGAGAGACGCGGCGCGGCGCCACAGGAAGGAGAUGGCAGAUCUGAUCCAGGCCGCCGAGGACGGGUCUGACGCCGAGAGCGACGACAGCGAAGCCGAACGGCGAGCUGCAUACGAGGCCGCGCAGCGGCGCGCAGGCAUGGAUGGGUUGCACCGGCCCGAUGACGACCACGACAUGGACGGCGCCGGUGGGCCGGAUGCUAUCCCGCGGAUGAAACCGCUGCCCAAGUUGAACGAGGUACUACAGCGCAUGCGGGAGAUAGUGCAGGGGCUAGAAAACGACGUUACACAGAAGCAGAGGAGGAUAGGGGACCUCGAAAAGGAAAAGGAGGAAAUCCUUGCGCGGGAGAAGGAGGUCCAGAAGAUUUUGAACCAGGCUGGCGCCAAGUACCAGGCUGUUGUAGCCAGCGCCGGCGGGAAUGUGGGAGACGUCGCCCAGAUGGUGACGCAGUCGCCUUUGAGACCAUUCCCUCCGGGAAUUGCAGGGGACUUGCCAGUGGAACGGGGUCUGGAGAGUUUUGGUGCGACACCGAUAAGGCGGGAUGAUAUCGAGAUGGCUUGA